AUGUAUCAAUCAUUCGUUGCAGCGCUUUUCCUUUCAACGGUUCUUGGAUUUCAGCUUCCAGGAAUCGAUAAGGGACGGCAACCGACUUCCCUUCAAGCACUAUUCGACAAUAAAAAGGCAAAAAUUACCAUCAAGGAAAUGCAAGAAAAACUCUUGAAUAGACCAGAAUCGCUUGUAGGAAGCAAAGGAUCCAAAGGCAAGAAUGUUAGGCGAACAAGGAGGCGUGUCGAGAAUCCUCAACAGCAGUACAUGUAUCGUGCACAAAAAGAUCAACUACAGAGAGAAGGCAAGAACAUCGGCAAGAAAGAUAGCAAGGUCGUCAAGAAAUCUGCUGAAGGCGACGAUGAAGAGGUAGAGUUGGAUGAGAAAGAAAGAGAGAUUUUGGAUGAAAACUCUCCCGCCAUUAUUGCACGUCAAUUGGGGCUGACACAAGCAGCGAAUCAACACUGUGAAGCACCCAUGGACAAAGCGGAACCUAUCAUUUUGGCAAAGUUGCGUGUAGGAGAUGGCAAUGGAAGCGACGCCUUUGCUUAUCUUAUUGAUAAGCCAGCAGGUUGGUCGAUCCUUGGUGGGAAUAUUGGGAAGAAGAAAAAACAGCAGGUUGAAGCAAAGGCUACCAAAAGCUCCGACGACAACGAUUCCUCCAAUAUCAAGCGAGUUAAAAUCAAAAACUCAAAGGGUUCGGAUGAUUUCUUGGAAUUCGACGAAGACGAUGUUCUAGCACUUCUGUCACCAAAAGAAAGAGCCCAGCUUGAAGCCCAAGGAGAACCCAUCUUUGCAGGAUUUGGUCCAGCCUUUGAUGAUACUGAUCUUGUCCCAUAUGACAUUCCUGGUUGGGAUGAUGUUGCCAACAUGACACCCGAGGAACGAGCAGAAGCGGGGAUCACAGACGAAGACUAUGAUCCAACAGAAGAUUUCAUUCCCGCCUUUUCGGAAGCAGAAAUGCUUGCAUUGAUGUCCCCAGAAGAAAUUGCAGAGUACGAAGCAGAAAAGCAGCAAAACACAAUCAAUGAAACGACGAACACUGCAUCCAGCAAGCCUGAAACAGAAACUGUUCGGAUGGAAGAUUUGGACCCUGCCGCUCAAGAAAACAUUAAACGCAUGGAGAAGCGAAAAGCAAAGAGAAAGGACAGAGCAACUUUUGGGUCAUACACACGACCAUCAGUAGUGAACUGGCUGAAGGAAUUGAAAGCUGAAAGUGGCCAACCAAUCCGCGGAGGCAAGUUCUGGACUGCCGCUGCAGGAGCAACAGAAGUUGAUGACUCUGGUGUGGUUCUGCUUUGUCCCAAGUCAAAUGUUGGCAACGUCUUCGUCGACACGGCUGAGUAUGCUGCUGUCGUAGGAAAUGGUGGAUACUUUCGCCAAAUCUCGAAGGCAGACUCCAGCAUACCGGGCGAGGAUAUCGAUAUCCAAUUGGUAUCCAAAGUUCGAAAGGGAAGAGAGGGUGAUACAUGCCAAACUGUGCGCUUCGAGAUCCCUGAGCACAAGUCCACUUGUGCCAAUAUUAUUGAGCACGCACAAUCCAAAUUUAAUGAUGGGAUCAGGGGUGAUCCAGCUGCAAACCCAUUUGACAGGAGAAGCCCAAGGCGACUGAUCCAUUGCUUUUCGUUGUCUGCAUCGAGUCUCAUAAGCGAUGAAGAUGUGAUGGUCGAGACGGAGACCAUGCCUGACGACAUCGCUAUCCUCUCCGAUCGACUAAAUAACCACGACUUCAAGAAAGGAUCAUUCCUUGGACGAACAUCGCUGCGCGAAAAUCCACUGACAAACGCCUAUAGAGAAAUCAAUGGAGCAGCGGACGGGUUUCCAGGGUGGACGGUCGACCGCUAUGACGAAUGGCUACUUGUUGCCCAUGACGAAAAGGAGUACAAAGGUCCUUUGCCAUCCAUUCACGACGGUAAAACGGCUGGAGUUUACUACAUUCCAUCAAACCAGGAUCGUAGCGCAAUGGGAUCGUCUACUCUUGUAAGACCCAAACUGCUGGAAGGAAAACCUGCACCUGAGAUAGUAUCUGUGAAAGAAAAUGGUGUGACAUACCAUGUUUCGCUGGAUAAGGAUCUAUCGACUGGUAUCUUCCUUGACCAACGCCCUCAUCGUGCUUGGUUGACACGCAACUGCAACGAAGAUACUCAUGUAUUGAACUGUUUUGCCCACUGUGGAGCGUUCAGUAUUGCUGCUGCGACAGCUGGUGCUUCUACUGUCAGUCUUGAUUUGUCCAAAAAGUGGCUUGAUCGUGUCCCUGCGCAGCUUGAAGCAAACGGCAUCGAGUUUGAUGAGCGACAUGAUUGCAUUUAUGGUGACUGUUUUGAUUGGUUGGCAAAACUAGCGAAAAGAGGAGAAAAGUUUGAUAUCGUCAUUUUGGAUCCUCCCAGUUCCAGUGUCGGAAAGAAGAAGAAACGCUGGAGUGUAAGGAAUGACAUGCAUGAACUGGUGGCGCUAGCUGCACCACUCGUGAAGAAGGGUGGCCUACUUUGGACGACUACAAAUAGUGCUAGUCUCACACCUAUCAAGUUCGCACGAUCUUGUGAAAGAGGCUUCGAACAAGCAGGUUGUUCUGCGAAACUUGAGAGAAUACAACCCAUGCCUCAUGACUUCCCAACUAUCGGGCCUCAGAAUGUCAAGAACAUGGUUUGGCGCUUUUAA